GGGAGGACAGCAGAGACUGAGUUCCUGAAAGAACAGAUUGAUUUCACUGCGGUGGACCCGGGAUGGAGCAAGCCAAAAUGGACGAUAGUAUGAACACAAAAUCCAUUCUUGAAGAACUUCUUCUCAAAAGGUCACAACAAAAGAAGAAAAUGUCACCAAAUAAUUACAAAGAGCGCCUUUUCGUUUUGACCAAAACAAAUCUUUCUUACUAUGAAUAUGACAAAAUGAAAAGAGGCAGCAGAAAAGGAUCAAUUGAAAUUAAGAAAAUCAGAUGUGUGGAGAAAGUGAAUCUGGAGGAGCAGACUCCUGUGGAAAGACAAUACCCAUUUCAGAUUGUGUAUAAAGAUGGGCUUCUCUAUGUCUAUGCAUCCAAUGAAGAGAGCAGAAGUCAGUGGCUGACAGCAUUACAAAAAGAGAUAAGGGGCAACCCACACCUGCUCAUCAAGUACCACAGUGGAUUCUUCGUGGAUGGGAAGUUCCUGUGCUGCCAGCAGAGCUGCAAAGCGGCCCCGGGAUGUACUCUCUGGGAAGCAUAUGCUGAUUUGAAUGUUGCAGCCAAUGAAGAGAAACACAGAGCUCCCAUUUUCCCAGACAGAGUGCUGAAGAUUCCACGGGCAGUUCCUAUUCUUCAAAUGAAUACACCAUCUUCAAGUACCAUUCUACCUCAGCAUGACGUCGACUCAAAGAGAAGCUAUGUUUCCCAGCCAAAUGUCAACAUGCGUUAUAUUCCAAGAGAAGAGUGCCCGGACUGGUGGCAAGUAAGAAAGCUGAAAAGCAAUGAAGAUAUAGCAUGCAGUAACCCAGUGGAAAGAAACAUUGCAAAUCAUAGCCCUUCAAAGAUAUCAUGGGGGCUUCCUGAGUCAAGUUCCUCUGAAGAAGAGGAAAACCUGGAUGAUUAUGACUGGUUUGCAGGUAACAUCUCCAGGUCACAAUCUGAGCAGUUACUGAGACAAAAGGGAAAAGAAGGAGCAUUUAUGGUUAGAAAUUCCAGCCAGGUGGGAAUGUACACUGUGUCCUUAUUUAGUAAGGCCAUAAAUGAUAAAAAAGGAACUGUCAAACAUUACCACGUGCAUACCAAUGCUGACAAUAAACUCUACCUGGCAGAAAACUACUGCUUUGACUCGAUUCCAAAGCUUAUUCACUACCAUCAGCACAACUCAGCAGGUAGCUUAUUUCAGUUACUGUUUUAUGUCUCUACCCUUGCUCCUUCUCUUCCCAUCCAUAUUGCCAUUGGCUAAUAUAAAGUAGGGUUUUGGUUUAGUUUUGCUUUGAAAAGCUGUUGUCUUCCCAAAAUAAGAUCCUAAACUUUCUACUCCCUUUCUCUGUCUAACUAGAAGGUGGAAAGUAAAUCAAACAAAAAUAUCUGGAAAUCCAAGAGUCCUUCCUUUUCAGUAUAUCUGAAAAAUGGAGUGCACAGUACCAAACUUUGCAAAUCUGUUCUUUCCAGGAAACUUGACCAUCCUAAGCUGGUUAAAUUCUAUGGAGUGUGUUCCAAGAAAUACCCCAUAUACAUAGUGACUGAAUAUAUAACCAAUGGCUGCUUGCUUAAUUACCUGAAGAGUCAUGGAAAAGGAUUAGAACCCUCUCAGCUCUUAGAAAUGUGUUAUGAUGUCUGUGAAGGCAUGGCCUUCUUGGAGAGUCACCAGUUCAUUCACCGGGACCUGGCUGCUCGGAACUGCUUGGUGGACAGUGAUCUCUCUGUGAAAGUUUCUGACUUUGGAAUGACAAGAUAUGUUCUCGAUGACCAGUAUGUCAGCUCAGUAGGAACAAAGUUUCCAGUCAAGUGGUCAGCUCCAGAGGUGUUUCAUUACUUCAAAUACAGCAGCAAGUCAGAUGUAUGGGCAUUCGGGAUCCUGAUGUGGGAAGUGUUCAGCCUGGGGAAGCAGCCCUAUGAUUUGUACGACAACUCACAGGUGGUUGUAAAGGUCUCCCAGGGCCACAGACUAUACCGGCCACAACUAGCAUCAGACACCAUCUAUCAGAUCAUGUACAGCUGCUGGCAUGAGCUUCCAGAAAAGCGUCCCACAUUUCAGCAGCUCCUGUCUUCCAUUGAACCACUUCGAGAAAAAGACAAGCCUUGAAGGAGAAAUUAGGAGCAUGAUCAGAAUGAUAUAAAUGUUGGCCGACACAUUCGUUCUUUCUAAGGAAAGUAGCAAGGCCCAAGAUAAUUUAGCUAGUUCUUAGUAAUGUUCUGUUGCAUUAUUAUAUUAGCUAGAAAUGGACAAUAUAGGAAACAACAGUGUUUGAAAUUGAGGACAAAUGGUUUUCAAACAAAAAAAAAUGCUUAAAAUAUAGGUCAUUUUCUUUGUGCUGCUGUCAGUGUAAUUGUUUCUAGCCUCUAGUAGAAGUAUGUUUCCAGAUUGCAAUGCAGUGAAGGUGCAAAUCAUGUGUACAGAUGAAGAAGAAUUAAAAAAUUACUUGUUGAAACAAGGAGGUAAAAAUGCUCAGAAAGAAAUGUAUUCAUUAG